AUGCAAUUGGCUCGGGUUGCUGAUGUGAAUGAUCGUCAAGUAUUUAAGCCUUGUACGUUGAUUGAUGAUCAGGAGAGAGUUUUGAGGAUGUAUUGUGGUCGUUCUCAUGUUCUCUAUGAAACUAGGGACGGAUCUUUGAUAAGUUUUGGAAGAAACGACUAUGGUCAAUGUUCCAUUCAUGAAAAGGAGGUUAAUCGUCCUGUGCCAGCACUGUAUAAAACCCGAACAGGUGCUGUUCAGCAAGUCAAAUAUCCAAAGUUUUUCUCAACUGGGUGGUUUCAUUCAUUGUUGGUAAAGGAUGAAAGAUUGUAUGCUUGUGGAUACUUUUCAUAUUCCCCAAUGAGUGGUCAUGUUAUAUUUAAUGAUGUGACAGAUAUUGUGAUUAAGGUACCAUUUAAAGAGAUUACAUUUGUGGGUUCUGGAGAUCAUGUUUGUACAAUAGUUGUUGAUAAUUGUAGAAUUAUUCAAAUGAAUACGAAUUUAGAGGUAUAUAAUGUAGAUAAUUUGAGAGAAAUAUGUGCAUACAAGAGUGGAUUUUGCUAUAUUUCUACAGGUGGAGUAAUAUAUCAACCUGAGGGUAACAAUAUUGUACAAGCAAAGGAAUAUUCGAGUUUUGGAUGCUAUGACUUGAGGACGACAGCAGUUGGCGGUUUUUCCUUCAAAUCAAGAAAAUUGGAAAAGUCUAUCAUUGGAACAGAUGAAUAUUCACUGGAUUGCAAUGUCUACUCAUCAUUUUGCUCACAUUUUGUCUAUAAUACGAAAGAGAGAAAAUUAUAUGCGUACGGUUCCAAUAGUGAUCAUCAACUUGGAGUAGGCACAGCAAGUGCUGCUAAAGGUUCGGAGGUUUCCUCAAUUAAUCAAAUUCUUUCAGAUAAUUCCAACUGGGAUAUUUUAGAUAUUCAUUCUGGAUGUGAUUUCACAAUUAUUUCAAUAGGAGUUCCAUACUCGAAGAAUGUCAUUAGAUUUAAAAAUAACUUAUUGAAGAACGCUAAUGCAUCAUUGCUGACUGAUGUCAAGUUUCUCUAA